AUGAUCUCUUCAAACCCUAAUCGUAUCUAUGAUUCAAAUUUACAAGAUAAAUCAUCCCACGAUUGUAUCAUUGAUAAAUCUAAUCCUAUUAAUAAUAUAUCAAAUGAUAUUAUACAAAUAAAUUUAUUUGAUCCAGUUGUAAUAAUUCGUGGAAAUGUAAAUGAAUCAGUUGGAUCAUUAUUAAGAGGUGAAAUCAUAUUAACUUUAAAUAAACCAAUGAAAAUUGGUUCUAUUGAAUUGAAAUUUAUUGGAAGAACUAAAAUUGUUCGUCCAAAUGGUGCAUUCGGAACAAUAGACAAAUAUAAAGAAGAGAUUAUUUCACAAAAUAUAAAUUUAUUGAGUCAUUCAACAUCUAAUACUACUAUUACAUCAACAUCCUCUUCUUCAUCUACCUUUCCGAUUAAAAUCUUUUCCAAACCAUUAUUCUCAUCCCCAAGCGUUAAGGAACGUUAUUAUACAUUCUCAUCGGGAACACAUAAAUUAUCAUUCGAAAUUCAUUUACCAGGAUCAUUACCGGGGUCGGUUAAAUCAGAUUCAGGAUCAGUAAAAUAUAAAUUAAAAUUUAAGAUUGAUUAUAUAACAACAUUAUAUUUGAAAACUCUUUCAUCGACUCGUGAAGUUGAAAUAAUAAGAAUGUUAACAGAUUAUAUUAAUUAUAGUGGUAUAGAAAUAUCCAGAAGUUAUGAUAAAAUUAUAGAUUAUCAAUUAUCAAUACCAAAAAAAUCCUACACUCUUGAUGAUAUUAUUCCUAUUAAUAUUAAAAUAAUACCUUUAAUUAAACAAUUUAGAUUACAUUCAAUAGAAUGUUUCUUAUUACAGAAAAUUACUUAUAUGAAAGAUGAUGAUCAUACUGAAACUAUUAAGAAUUCAAAUUAUAAUAAUAUUAUUCGUUUUAAUGAACAUUAUGAUAAAAUUUAUGAAACAAAUAUGAAUUUUGAAUUAAAUAAAUGUAGGGAUAUUAUUAUACAUCAUAGUGUAGAUACUCCAUUAAUUAGAAUUAAGCAUGAAUUAAGAUUUUGUUUAUUAGUAAGUAUUACAAAAAGUGAUUAUGGUAUUAAAAGUAAAUUAUAUUUUAAUAUAGGAAUUAAUUUAUUAAGUCGUUUGGUUAGAAAUGAUGAUGUUUUAUUACCGAAUUAUGAUGAUGUUAGUUUUUAUUGUCCUUGUCAUCCUGAAUAUCAAAGAAUCGCUGAAUUGAUUCUUGGGAAUUCUUAUAAUAAUAAUAAUAAUAUAGAUGAUGAGAGGUCAUGUGAUGGGUUAACAUGUAAUUUUUGUAAUCUUUCAAAUAAUAACAAACCACCACGAUAUAGUAAGACGAUAUAG